CAAUGUUUAUUUUUGUGCCUUUUUCCCCGGUCGCAGAGGCAAUCGUUGUCUAUCCAGCAAUUUUAGGUCGGUGAAUUCUAAAACGCGCGGUUUCCGCUUUUAAUUAACACGUUAAUUAUGAAUUAAUUAGCACAAAAAGACCUAUAAUAUUAACCCGCUAGUAUCAAACUGAAAAUGGCGGUGCUCGGUGCACAGUUGGUGUUGACACUCUUAACACUUAGCGUUAUACAAAAGCUAAGUCCACAUUUCUCCUUUGCCAAGUGGAUAUUAUGCGCUACAGGUCUACAUAGAUAUCUACAUCCCACCGAUGACGAACUGCGUACGCUAGCUGGUGUGCCUAAGGAGAAGCAUACGAAAGGUGGAGGUGGUAAUAAGGGAAGCAAAGGCUAUGAUGCACGCAAUGGUAGUGGACAAUUUCAUAUACCACGUAACUUGGAAGUGCAAUUAGAAACAACGCCGGUAGUGGCACGUGAUGUGGUUCACCUCAGAUAUUUCACGGAAUAUCAAUGGCUAGUCGACUUUAGCGCUUAUGCAGCAAUUGUGUAUACUUUGUCGGAGAUCUAUCACUACUAUUUUCCACUGAAAAAUGAGAUUAAUCUCAGCAUGAUUUGGUGCUUGCUGGUUGUAUUUUUUGCGCUUAAACUGCUUUCCUCGCUUACUUGGUUGUAUUUUCAAAACGAAGAAUCCAUAGGUGAACGUUCCAUGGUCAUAGUAGCCUGCCUUGUCUACCUACUAAUUGCUAUGAUUGUGCUCAUCAUUGACGAACGCCAUCUAGAAACUGGCCUAGAGCACGCAUACAGCAGCUUCAAUGAAAGUGCCUCAAAGUUUCUUACCGCGCAGGGUUUGCCGUCAUCUGGUCCUGCCUCGAAGCUGAUAGUUAAGCUCUGCAUGGCUGUUUGUUGUGGUCUGCUGGGCGCACUAUUUACUUUUCCAGGGCUACGCAUGGCUAAAAUGCAUUGGGACUCACUAAAAUACUGUAGCGGCCGCAAAAUGCUACAAUUGCUACUCAAUGUAAGCUUUAUUUUGCCCUUUCUACUGAUUAUACUCUGGAUAAGACCUAUUAGCAGGGAAUAUUUGACUGAGCGUGUUUUCGAAGGCAUGGAAAAACCAUUGCUUUCAGUGGAGGCCUUCGAAGCAAUGCGUCUUCUAAUCGUUGUCUUAGUAGUUUUGCUACGUUUUGCCUUAAUUCCCAUCUAUUUGCAAUCCUAUCUAAAUUUAGCGCAUGACAGAAUCAUAGAUUUGCGCAAAGAAGCUGGUCGUAUUACCAAUUUGGAAUAUCACAAAAAGAUUUCCUCGAUAUUCUAUUACCUCUGCGUGGUCACAUUACAAUUCGCCGCACCGCUCUUGCUCUGCUUGUAUCUCACAUUGAUGUAUAAAAAUUUAGGUGAAUUCACUUGGGCUGGCAUACUAAAAUCGAGUAGCAAUAUUUGUACAGAUAUGUGCCCAGCAAGUGUUGCGUCUUUCGCUGAUAGUCAAGUAGCGGCUGUGACAACUACACCCAUGCCAGAAGCUGCAACAACAAUAAUGAGCAGCAUGCAAACACCAGCUGAUGGUGAACAUUUGGGCGAAGAUUUUAAUAUUUUGGAAUCGGCGAAUGCGAUACACGCGCAGUGGAUUAGCUUGAAAAAUGUCUUCAAUGCAGAUGUAUACAAGGGUUUUCUUGGCUUUGCCAGCUGGUGGAGUUACUUUACGCUAUUCACCUCCUCAGCACUGGGUAUUCUCUAUCAAUCCUAUUUCAACAAAACGUGAACGGCAUUUGAUUUAAGGCAGAAUAUACAACUUUUCAUUUUCUACAACAUACAGUUAAAAGAAACUUGUUAUGAUUCGCAUUUAGUACAAUAU